AUGAAGCUCUCCACUCUCGCGUCAAAUAAGGCCCAGAUUAUCCUGCCCUCCGAAAGCAAGCGAAUGAAGACGUAUAAACUGUGUAUGUGUAGCAAGGAUAAUGUCCAUCAUAGCGCUAGUACCAUCCAACUCUGCGAGGUGUUGGUAAGGCGAACUUUAGGGUCCCGCAUAUGGGGGCAGGAGGAGCUUAACUAUUCCUGUCACAGCAACACCAACCUCAUGAAGGAGGUUGCAUCAAGCAACGCAGGCCAGGUAAGAAGCCCUCUGGUUACAUGGCAGGCCAGAAAGCACAUGUACCCUGUUCUUUUGGCAAGAAGGCUGUUCCGUCUCUCAGAUACUUGA